AUGGCUGGGGACGAGGGGAGCUGCACCCCAACACAGCCAGGAGGUCGCAGGAGGCGCGUGCCAGUGAAAAAGCAAAGGCGACCCCACAGGCCGGAAGCUUCCCUCUUCCCAGCCUUUCCUCGCAAAGCCAAGGGGGCCAAGGCCGGGUCCGUGCCCGCGUCCCGUGGCAAGGAGUCCCACGUCGCUCCCACGCUGCCCGGGGGGCCCCACCGCCUCCCGCAGCCCCCUCCUCCUCUUGCAGGGCUGCUGCGAGCCCAGCGCUCGUCCGCCCAGGUGCAGCACCUGACGGCCAGCACACAGCGGAACCAACUGUGCAAAGGGGGGGAGGCGGAGGGCGGGGGCCCUGGUGAACAGGUCCUGCAGGUUACAGCCAGCUCCCACCCGGGCAAGGGCGACCACGCCGACGUCUGCAUCGCGCAGCAGAAUUCGUACGGCUUGGAGGCUUCGUCAGUUCCCAGUCCAGCCACCUGCCUGCUCUCAAAGCCCAGAUCACGCAGGCUCCGCUCACUGGUCCUGCUUUCUGUCUCGCCAGGUGCCCGGGCAAGAGCGCUGGAGCCCCAGCAGAGCAUCACCGCCGUGCUUGGGAAAGAUGUGGUCCUCCCCUGCACUUACCAGGCUCCAGAGCACGGGACGGUGCUCCAGGUGACGUGGCUGAAGCGCAUGGAUGACGGGCAAGGCGUGGAGCUGGCGGUGCUGCAUCAGGAGCACGGGGCAUACGUCCAGGAGCCCUACACCGGGCGGGUGCUGUGGCAGGCCCAGGGGUCUCUGAACAACGGCUCCAUCCUGCUGAAGAAUGCGGUGCAGGCGGAUGAGGGUGUCUAUGAGUGCCACCUGAUUACCUUCCCCCUGGGCAGUUUUGAAUCCAGCCUCACUCUCAAGGUCCUCGUGCCCCCGUUGCCGACGCUGAACCUCGGGCCCCCGCUGGAGGAAGGGCAGGGCCGCACCCUGGCUGCCUCGUGCACUGCCGAGGGGAACCCCAUCCCCACAGUGACCUGGGAGACGGCGGUGCCCGGCACGGCCAAGAGCCAGGAGUCUUCCCACCAGCGCUCUGCCUCCAUCACCAGCGAGUUCUACGUGGUGCCCGGGCGCAGCAUGCACGGCAAGCCGCUGACCUGCGUCGUCUCGCACCCGGGGCUGCAGCACCAGAAGCGGAUCACGCACUUGCUCAACGUGACGUAUCUCUCAGAUGCCUCCGUCCUGGGUCACGAGGCAGAGGAGGACUGGGCCGAAGGCAGGGAGGGCGCCUUCCUGAAGUGCCUUGGAGAUGGAAACCCCCCGCCAAGAUACAACUGGACUCGGCUCGACGACCCCCUCCCCAGAGGGGUGAAGGUCAAGGGGGACACCCUGCUCUUCCAGAGGCCUCUCAGCCCGGAGGACGGAGGCGUCUACAUUUGCCACGUGGCCAACAGCUUCGCGAGCAAGGAGGCCCGGGCCACGGUCAGCAUCACAGGCAGCCAAGCCAAGCAGGUGGACGUGGUCUCUGUCUCCAUGAUCGGGGCCGGCCUCAUUUCCCUGGUGCUGCUGGGCCUCCUCGUCCUCGUGGUCGUCCUCAUGACCUGCUACCACAAGCGGAAGACCAAGCGCAUCACCGAGAAAUACGAGGAGGAGCUGACCCUGACGAGGGAGAACUCGAUCCGGCGCCUGCACUCCAGCCACAGUACCGACACCCGGAACCAGACCGAGGAGAACCUCCUGCUGCGGUCCGAGAGCCGGCAGGGCAGCCUCCGGGCGGACAGCCUCUGCCGGGAGAGCCUGCGGGGGGACAGCCUGUGCCGGGACAGCCGGCAGGGCAGCUUCCGGGCGGACAGCCUGCGCGAGACCAGCCUCUGCUCCGUCCUGGGCGAAGAGGUGGAAGGACGCAGCUACUCCACGUUGUCCACGGUGCGGGAAAUCGAGACGCAGACGGAGCUGCCGCCGCUGCCGCCUCCGACUCUUGUCCAGGAGUGCCAGACAGAGAAGGAGAAAGCAGACGAGGAGGAGGAGGAGGAGGAGGAGCGGGACGGCGAGAACAACAUCAAGCAGGCCAUGACGCACUUUGUGCAGGAGAACGGCACGCUCCGGGCCAAGCCCACCACCAACGGCAUCUACAUCAACGGCCGGGGACACCUGGUGUGA